AUGCUUAAGGCUGGGACGAUCAGACCAAGCAAGAGCCCAUUUUCAAGCCCCGUCUUACUAGUCAAGAAGAAGGAUGGAAGUUGGCGUUUUUGCAUUGACUAUAGGGCAUUGAAUAAGGUGACUGUGGCGGAAAAAUUUCCGAUUCCGGUGAUAGACCAGCUGCUCGAUGAACUUCAUGGUGCGAAAUAUUUCUCGAAGCUAGAUUUGAGAGCAGGCUAUCACCAAAUCCGAAUGCUCGAGAAAGACGUGGAGAAAACAGCGUUCCGGACUACUAAUGGGCAAAAUGAAUUCUUGGUUAUGCCUUUUGGCCUAACUAAUGCACCAGCUACUUUCCAUGCACUUAUGAACGAGCUAUUCAGACCGUUCUUGGGACACUUUGUACUGGUGUUUUUUGACGACAUUUUGGUGUUUAGUCCGACCCAAGAGAAACACGAAGAACAAUUAAGGAUAGUGAUGGACAUCUUUGUGGAGAAUGUAUUGUUUGCGAACAAGAAGAAAUGUCUUUUUGGCCAAAAUCAAGUGGAGUACUUGGGUCACAUCAUAUCCGAUCAAGGAGUGGCUACAGACCCAUCAAAAACUGAAGCGAUGAAAGGUUGGCCAUCACCAAAGAACGUGAAAGAACUAAGAGGUUUUUUGGGACUCACAAGUUAUUACAGGAGAUUUGUGAGAGGGUACGGUACCAUUGCGAGGCCAUUAACAGAUCUCCUGAAGAAGGAUCAGUUUAGUCAGAACGAUCAGAGAAAGCCUUUCUGGAGCUCAAGAAUGCUAUGA